AUGAUUGCAACAAUAUCUGAGUCCUCGGACGAUUUCGGGAUUUUUGAUCAACCCACAAGCCCCGAGGAAGAUCCUGACAAAAUGGGGAUACAAAGAAAACCUCAAAAAAGCUUGCUGGAGCUGAUGGAAGGUCAGUCGGGAAAGAAUGUGCCUGCAAAAACAAUACCAUCCCAGGCUUCAUCUCUUCCAGCUAGAUCUCCUCCUCCUGCUCCUCGCCAACCUCCUCGGUCAUCACCACAACCAGCGCUUCCUAACGCUGCCGAGCAGAAAAGGCGCAGGGAACAGAAGGGUAAGGAUGUGGUAGACACGAGCAAGUCUCGUCCAAAUCGAAAGGAGGAGGCCCAACGAGCUGCAAAGCAGCAAAAGACCAAGCACCAAGCCGCGCGGGACCAAGACAAAUCUGAUUCCCAAUAUCCUGAACCACGAGCAUGGUUACCCGCACCUAUGCACGAUGGGGAGCCCCUGCGAGAUGAUGCAUCUAUAAGGGACUUUAAUGGCGGCAUAGGGUGUCACAUCAUCCAAAAUACUUUCAAGUUAGAUGAGAUGCUCAACGCCUGUUCCGAUCAGCUAGAUGACGAAAGAAAAAGACGGGCAACGGCUAUACAGACCUUGUCCAAAUUUGAACAGGACUUGGCCGAUGCGAAGAAAAACCUACAGGUCGAAGUGCAAGCUCGCAAGAGCGCUGAGUCGGCAUUAGAAGGCUACCAGAAGCAGGCCGAAGACCAAGGGAGACUUCUGCGUAAGGCGAAUGCCGAGCUAAAGAAGACUCAGGAGCAAACUCUAGUUCUCAGGAAGCACUUAGAGGAAACUCAAAAGCUACGGGAGCGAGCUGAAAAGUCCAAGGAGCAAGCUGAGAAAGCAAAAAUCAAGGCCGAACAGACAAUGAACGAAGCUGAGCAGAGAGGCUACGAAAUUGGUAUAGCUGAAACUGAGAAGGCAUUGAGAGCCGAGGUUCCGGAGGUAUGCCGUAUCUACUACGCAAGAACUUGGAGCGAGGCUCUUAACCGUGUUGGGGUUAAGGCCUCAUCUGAGUUACGUAAGCUAGAGAACAUAUUCUAUCCCGAGGCGAUCCGCCCCUCAGUUCUUCUACCCCAUCAGACUGAUGCUCCUUCUUCAGUUAUUAACCUCAACGAAGAGGUUUUGCCUCGCAAUUCUCCUCCCCGUGGCCAACCGGAAUCGGCAAAAGAGGGACUUGCCCCUCCAGGAGCUUCCCAGACAAGACCACCUCUGCUUCGGAGGCAGAGACGGCCUCCCAAGGUUUUCAACGGGAUUUGGACUCCACAGUUCUACCAACUGGGGACGUUACCCAAGCCAAAGAGGGAAUCACAACUUCGGAGGCAGACCUACCCGCCAUCCAGAACCCACAGAUCCAGUUGA